AUGAAUGCCCUCAAGAAGGCUGGAAAAUGGCUGGCUCCGGCUCCAGAAACCUCUGAAGAUGGACGGGAUCAGUGGCCAUCAAGAACAUCGUUCAUCCUGGCUUCCAUGGGCGGCUGUGCGGGAAUGGGAAACCUCCUUCGAUUUCCCUCCCAAGUUUACAACAACAAUGGCCUGCAAUGGUUCAUACCAUAUCUUAUGGCGAUUUCCAUCAUUGCCAUUCCUGUUCUCGUCCUCGAAAUUGCCAUUGGUCAGGCCUAUCGUGGGGGCUCCGUCAUUGCAUACAAUAAUAUAAAUCGUCGUCUCAAGGGUGUUGGACUUAGUCUUCUCUACACAGCAUUUGUAGUCGGGCCAUACUUCGUCGCAAAUCUCGCUUGGAUCAUGAUAUAUUUCCGAAACUCUUUCAAAAGCCCUCUGCCUUGGACUGGCCGCGGGCAGGAAUUCUACAUGGGUGAUGUCGUUGCCAACGUCGCGAGGGUCGAAGUCGCUCCAGGAUCGGGUUACGUUCAGUAUCCUGGGACUGCUCUGAUCGGAGAGACUGUUGCGUGGUCAGCCUUCACCUGGUUUCUUGUCUGGCUAUGCAUCUUCAGAGGAGUGGGCUUGACAGGUCGAGUUGUCUACUUCACAAUGGGAUUGCCAAUCAUUAUGACGAUUGUCCUGAUCGGUCGCUCUGCAUCACUUUCAAAUGCAGGUAGAGGUAUCAAACUCUACGUUGGAGAAUUCAACGCCGACCAACUUGCUAGAGGUCAGAUCUGGCAGACUGCAUGUGGACAAGUCUUCUUUUCCACUGGAGUCGGAUUCGGUUACUUUACCUCUUACGCAUCCUACAACCAGAAAUUCUCGAACGCUGUCAUGGACUCGAUCAUGAUUGUAUGUAGCAAUGCUUUGUUCGAAAUUAUCGCAGCUUUUGCCGUCUUUGGUGUCAUCGGUUUCCUCGGCAUGACUCCAACACCCGGCGAGAGAGUUGGUUCCUUCACAAUCGGCUUCAUCACAUUACCACUCGCUGUAACAGAGAUGCCAGGUGCAAAUUUAUGGGCUGUGCUUCUGUUCUUUACACUCAUGGUCCUUGGCUUCAGUUCCGCAUUCGCUAUGCUCGAUGCAGCUGUCACUCUCACUAUGGACGCACAGAAGAAGAUACCUCGCUGGGGUAUCGUCACGAUUCUAGUCAUCGUGUCAUUUCUCCUGACAUUGAUGUACUGUACUCAGUUCGGCUUUUAUCUACUUGAAGGAGUUGAUCGGUGGCUCAACGACGUAGCAUUAGUAUUUGUUGUGUUGUCCGAAUGCAUUUCAGCUACUACUGUCUACCGCAUGAAAGAUGUCAUUGGACAGGUUGGGAGGCCAGCAUUCGCAAUCUAUAACAUGGCCUUCCUUGGUGCUAUGAUAUUUGGCGUAGCAGUAGCCCAUGCUGUAAGCCCUGCAGCAGGCGCCGGUCUUGGAUUUGGUCUAUUCAUCGCUGGGACCAUCCUGUCGGUCUUCAUAGGCAAGACUCCAGAUUCAAAGGUCCCAAAAUUCUGGGGCAGGAAUCCUCCAUUGUGUCGAUUCUAUUAUCUAGCUUUCUACUCCGGAAACAUGUUGAGACAUGAUCUUAAUUUGAUUGUUGGAACCGGCAAGAACUGGAAGAUCCCCAUGCUCUGGGCUCCUACACUUCGCUACCUGGGAGCACCAAUUCUCGCCAUCGUAUACGGCUUCUCCUAUCCCGGAUUCUACGCCGUACGCAACGACCCAAUGCAUAUCUUCGGAUUCGUAGUUGGACAUCUCGCAUUAGUGAUCAUCGCACUUGGUUUCAUUGUUCCUAGCUGGUUUGAUGUCUUUGUACCUGUUCCGCGACGAGGGGAGGGAAAGAUACCAUAUGCGCCCGGUGUAAUUGGAGGAUCUAUCGACGUGGAUUCUGAUGAUCGGGAAAGGAUGGAGGCUGCUACACCCAGGAGCGAUUCGAGCUCUGCAGAACAAACGAGUGUUGGUGUUGAGAAGAAGCCUGAAUAG